AUGAACACGUGAUCGAUUGAAGAAGCAAGUACUGACAAGGAAUUGCAGUAAAUGUUCAGGGAAUUUUAACAUCCGCAAUUCAAAAGUUGUUAUCACUAAAUAGUCGCAGGACUAUGUGUCUGUGUCUGAUGAAUACAAUGGAGAUACUUUUACCAAGAGAACCUGCAUAACCAAUUCCAUGUUUUUGCAGCCGUGUCAAUUAUUGCUCAAAGACCACGUGUAAGUCUUCAGACAGCUAUGAAAACAAAACUACAAGAUUUGGACGAAAACACAUUCAACGAUUUAAUAGCAAAUAAACUUUGUAAUGGUAAUACAGACGAGGAUUCUAAAACAAGUGAUUUAUCCGACACUGAACUCAAAUCAAGAAACCACACAGACAAAAAUAUCAACGACAGUAAUGAGGAUAUACCUGUUCUUGUGAAAGAAGAACCGUUUACACUUUCGGGUGGAUCUGAUAUGAAUUUAGAUAGAAUACAACCGAAACAUUCCAAAACAAUGUAUAAUCUUGAUACAUGUAAGGAUAAAAUAAAGAAACGAUGUAGCUGUAAAGUUUGUCAAUCAAAAGCAAACAGAAUUAAAACAAUCCAUCGUGAAGAACAAGAACACGAAGAAACUACUGAUUCCGAUGACAGUUACCAAGAAACGGCCAUGUUGCCGCCAAACUUCAAACGAAUGAUCAAAUUUAACCCAUCAUCAAACAAAUCUUUUAAAUGUCAUGUAUGCAAUAAAAAGUUUCGAUCAUAUGACAUUCUGAUAAGACAUUCUAGAACACAUCCUUCAGAAAAGAAUUACGAGUGUGCAAGAUGUGGACAAAAGUUUUGGACAAAACAUAAUCUCAAUGUUCACAUUGAAACUAUUCACAACAGUGGCCUCGUUAUAAACACUUGUCAAAUAUGCAAAUCAGAAUUUCGAUGGAAACAUGAACUUCAAGAACAUUUAAAAAUACAUGUUUUAGAAGAAUCGGAAUAUAUUUGUAAUACAUGCGGGAAAACCUUUGUAAAUAACGUGUUUCUAUUAGAACACAUGAAGACACACGCAGAAAAGAUUUUUCAUCAGUGCCAUGUUUGCGAUGCCAGAUUUCUGACGGAGAAAUCAUUACAUACUCAUAUAAAAACUCAUGAAUCGAAGAAUCCUUACACGUGUGUUGUUUGCGGAGAGGAAUUUUUGUAUGACAACCUUCUGGAGCAACAUAUUCUUACUCAUAUAGGGAUAUAUCCUUACAAAUGUAAAGCAUGUGGGGCUGGAUUUAACCACGAACGCCAUUUAAAGGAACAUGAGUCAACUCAUAAAAGUGUGCAGCUAAAUUCAAAUUUGACUGGUCACGCACCUGCCAUUCCGAAAUGGCAUGAAUCUCAGAAAUUCAGAAAACUUUGUUCUACUGGAAACAAUUUGACGAAAACUUUGAUUCGACAUCAAGGUGCUGCACCAUGCACGUGUACGAUAUGCAAACUAAUAUAUAGGGGUGGUAAAUCGUUUUCUAAACAGUAUAAUGAUCACAAGGGAGGUCCUUAUUCCUGUGGCAUAUGUGGCGAAGUUUUUCUGUGUAAAAAUAUUCUAUCAGAUCAUGAACAAAUACACUUGAAUGAUAAUGCAAGUCAUUUCAGGAAAAAAAUCGGCAAUUUUAAGGAAUUGUCAGAAAGUGAAAAUCGUCAAGUGUUUGAAUGUGAUCUUUGUUGUGACACGUUUAGAACCUUAACAGAUCUUCAAUCACAUGUUCUCAGACAUUCAGAGAGAGAAAUGAUAAACAAGUUUAGAAGGAAGAAAACUAUAUAUGAUUGUUCAUUCUGCGGUGAGAAGUUUGCAACAUUUAAACUUUUAAAGUGCCAUCUUUUAAUUCAUUCAAAUGUUACAACUUGUUGUUGUCAAGCAUGUGGUAAAUCUUUUUCUCAGCUAAAACAACUAGAAGAGCAUGUGAGAUUUGAUCACAUGACCAGUUCUACAUGUGAUACAUCGGAAUCCGAAAAGGAUGGCAUGGGAUAUAGUCCUGCACGUGAUUCUUUAAGACCCGGAUAUCAAUUUAAUAAACCAGAAUCUAUGACAAACGAUUUCGAAAAACCUACUUUUAUUGGUGCUGAUUUUUCUACAGAACAUCAGUGUGAUAUAUGCGAUAAAAAGUUUGUAAAAGAAAAGGAAUUAGAAGACCACAUUUUAAUACAUUUUGAGAAAAAUAAAAUGUAUGCACGUGAUGUAUCGAAGGAGAUUGAUAACAGAAUGUCCGCAUCGAUAGGUAAAUCACCUCGAUAUAUCGAAGAUACUACUCUGUUACAAGAACAUGACAAUGGAAUGAUACCAAUAAAAAGAAUUAAGCGAGACCCGGAUGACGAAGGGUAUGGCAUUGAAACUAAAAUUCCCCAAAACAGUGGUCAUUUUAUUGGUUCUCCUGUUCAUGCUUUUGUUGAUCAACAAACUGAACAACGAGAUUUUGUUAAAAAUUGUUCUUCAAAUGAAAAAGAUAUGUUGAUUUUAUCUCCACAUCCUUAUGUAGAAAGUGAUCCUUUUUCAACUCAAAUUAAAAGUGUCGGUUCCUCAAUUGAAUCCAGUAGUGCUUUUAAUUCACCCCGAGGCAGUUAUAGUUAUGCAUUUUCACCUCGUGGUAAAUUUUUAAGUGAUACAGACAGUGGAUAUUCAGAGAAAAUGAAUAUAGCUUUAAGUGACGUUGAAAGCGUGUAUUCUCCUCUAGGUAUAGAUGUAAACAAAACAUAUACAGAAAAGGGCGGUUCUGUAAAUACUACGGAUACCACCAUUUGUAAUAUCAAAACCGAGAGAGAAGAUUACGAUUUAGGUUCUACAAAUUUAGUUAGCGAUGUUAAUAAUUUUAAUUUAGAAUCAGAUACAGACAUUUUAGACAGUAAAAUCGGUGUGUCCGCAUAUACACUAGCAUCAAGUCAGACUAAAUCCGCUGCAUCAUCGUGUACAUUUUCACCAAUUCAGACUAAAACCGCUGAGUCAUCAUGCACAUUAUCAUCAAGUCAGCCUGAAACCGAUGUGUCAGCAUGUACAUUAUCAUCAAGUCACUCUAAGUGCAAUGCGACCAACGAUCAUGAUAUCAUGCAAUCAUCCGACCACAAACAACGUGUUCCUUUCCUUUUUAACUAUACAGAAAAGAAACUGAAGCAGCAUCGUACAAGUACCGUCAAUUUUCAUUGGUUGGGGAAAUUAAAGUAGAUGUAUAACUGUGGUUUCAUUAUUCUUGGGAUAUCAAAUUUCGUGGAUUUCAUGGAAACGAGUGAGGUGAACCACAUAGUUAAAUUAUCUACGAAUGAUCAAUUUUUUCUAUAGGCUUGUUGGUAAACUUUUGAAAAAUUACGAAAUCGAAUAUUCACGAAAAUGUGAGCUUUCCUCAAUCCACGAAAAUUGGUACUCUUGAAAACAAUUCAAUCCACAGUAUUAAAUGUCCCGCCAUGUCAAGCAAUAUGCGUGUUCUGUCUCUAUUUGCGUAUCCGUCCAUUUACAAGUCCGUUUCAUGUUAAAAUAUUUGAUUUAUGUUACUGAUAUACAGAUACUAAGUAGUUUGGUAUAGAGAGCACAAUGCAACUACCCAAGAGAAUCGUUUGCCAACAUAGAAGUCUUUGUGUUUAAUCUUGAAUGCAUAGUUCAAUGCUUUACGACAGACGUAUUAAAUUUAUCACAAUUAAACUAGACUCAAUUGUAAAAUAUAACUCUGAUGGAGGGUUAAUUCGAUUUUAUAGUUCAACGACUAAACUUUUUGUUGUCAGUCAACGACUCUUUUCACAAAAUGCUUGCUAUCAAAUUUAGGUACAUAGAUUAAGAAUGAUAUAACAUUGAUUCCAAAAAUAAAAUCUCAGGUUUAAGAUUGAGAAAGAGAUUUGAUAUCACAAUGCAAAUUCAUCACAGAAUAUUUCAAGAUUUAUUGAAUAACAAAUGAUUUUUAAUGUUGGUAUAGACAAUACGUGUCGACUAUCAGGUUUUCCGCAUACUAGAAUAUCUAUUUUAUAAAAAAAAAUAUGUAUGCCGCGAUCGAGUUACGAUUGCGGUUUUUGUUGAACCAUGGAAGUGCACCAUGCUAGUAAACCAUGGAAGUGUUGAACACAUCAGACGUAGUAAUAACAGCUUUAGAAAAAUUUCAAAAAAUAAAUUUUACAAUAUAUUUUGAGGAAAACCCUGAUCAUGGAUAAAUCCGAUUAUAAAUUUUUGUGUGGUUUUCGUUUUCGAUGAAUAUUAACGGAAUAGUAUAACCUUGAUAUUAAUUUUGUAUUAUUAUAUUUAAAAGUCAGUAGUUUGACAUGAAAUAGAUGUGUAAUACGUUUUUAUGGCAAUGAAAAGAAAAGCUUCAUGGCGGGAUAUGGUGUACAAAUCUAUUCAAGUUUUAAUAAGUUAUUUUAUAGUGGGACUAAUUUGUGUUAUAUUUAUUUUUACAAAGAGUGAAAAAUUAAAAAUGCAACGAAUCUGUCAAUCUU